AGAGAUAACGGAAAUUCCCUCCAUGUAUCAGCAAGGGCAUUAAGGCUCACACACACUGUUACAGCGAGUCUUUCCUUGUGUGAAUACCGUCAACAACACAUCUGUGCAUACGUGUCUCUUCUCACAACAAAUCGGUAACCAACAGAGACAAGUGCAUUCAUAUGGGCUCUAAAAGACAGUGAAAUGAGUACAGUGACAACGUCCAGCUUAGAAACAAAGAGCACGAGACAAUAUUCUGAGUCACCAAAGGGGCCUUCACAACAGUGACUGCAAGAGAAGUGAAUGUCUGCACUGUUGAACGCAAAGAUAACUAAAUAAAAAAAAAUUGGAAAAGUGAAUGUGGCACCUAGACUCAACCACAACACUAUAAUUACUUUGGUACUAACGCACGGAAAACCUACCAUUGAUAGGGAACAACUGAAGAGAUCGUUGAUUAUUAGUGCACGGCCCAAGUGAGCACUGACUGCUAGUACAUGGACCAAGCGACCACUAUUAGCGCGUGGGCCAAGUAUUAGGAGCACUUAGCCAAGCGACCGCUGUUAACACAAAGGCGAAGAGACAGCAAAAGGCAGGCGGCAUACCUUAAAGCGUAUCAGCGUAUCUUGUUGACGUGGCUCCACCGCAGUGAGUAAGAUAGUCCUACGUUCUAGGAGAGCCACUAUAAUCUCAAAAUACGGAAUCUCUUGCGCAACAUAUGAGAGAGAAGACGAGAACUCUGUGGGAAGAAAACUCAGUAUUAUUUGAGUAAACUCAGUUUGACUGAGCCACACACAGUCAUGGAGACCGUCUCUCAGGCACCAAACCCUGCAGCAAAGACUACAAAAAAGACUGGUCUUAAGAAAAGUUUCUGGAGGAAGUUGGGGCUGUUACUGUGGAAGAACCUCCUGUUGAGGAGGAGACACUGGAUCCUCACCGCACUUGAGGUUCUCCUCCCCACCCUGCUCUUCACUCUCCUCCUGACCAUCAGGAUUCUCCCAAACAGCGUUUUUCUUCCCAAGUACGUCAACGAGACGUCGAGGUUCAGUGUGAGCUCAGAGGAGAACCUGAGGAGAAUAUUGUGUUACAAGUAUGGAGUGUGGCUCUCCUUAUUAACUUAUUGCUACGUGGAUACCAUCAACUUGCCAGGCCAGAGAAAGCUCUUCUACGGCCCCCCAGGCAACUUCACCCAGGGCGUCGCCAGACACAUUGCUGAAGAACUCGGUAUGCCUGACGAAGUGUUGGAGGUCGUCUCUAGCAAUGAAGACAUAGACGUGUUGGUAGACAAGUCGUACUUCGAGACCAAUGAUUCCUUCGCUUCCUUCUUCAUGGGUCUGUACUUCCACGACCUGGAUGACCCAGGACCCGUGGCUCCCCCAGCACCUGAAGUACGACCUUAGACUUACCAAGUAUUGGUUCACCUCGCAACUUUACCCUUUCCUGCAGGUGCCCGGCCCCAGGAACUAUUCUCGUGAG